AUGGCGCCGGGCACCGCCAGCGCCAGCGCUUCCGGCGGCUCAGCCGUCCACGACAACGCGGACGCCCUGGAACAAGGCAGCAGCAGCCAGCUCCGCCGCCGCCACGCCGGCGGCCAACAGGCGGGCGAGGCCGGCGGCGGGGACGCGGGCAAGGAGGAGCCCGCGCCGCCGUCGGUGGAGCAGGCGUUCGCGGACCUGCCCGUGCCGUCGUGGCGGGAGCAGCUGACGGUGCGCGCCUUCGUGGUGGGGUCCCUCCUCGCCGUCGUGUUCAACAUCAUCCUCAUGAAGAUCGACCUCACCACGGGCAUCAACCCCUCGCUCAACGUCUGCGCCAGCCUCCUCAGCUACUUCCUCGUCCGCGUCUGGACCAAGGCCAUCGAGAGCUGCGGCUUGCUCAGGCAGCCCUUCACGCGACAGGAGAACACCAUGAUCCAGACCUGCGUCGUCUCCGCCUACGGCAUCACCUUCACCGGUGGAUUUAGCAGUUAUCUGUUUGGUAUGAGUGGAACUAUUGCUAAUAAAGUAACAGAGGCCAAUGAUGCCCAGAAUAUCAAGGAACCCCACCUCGGAUGGAUGAUAGGGUUUAUGUUCCUCGUCAGUUUCGUUGGCCUUUUUGCUCUGGUGCCUCUGAGAAAGGACAUUUUGCAAAAAGAAAUUUCUAUGAUUAUCAACGGGGAUGCAUGUUUUCAGGUUAUGAUAGUGGAUUACAAACUGACUUACCCAAGUGGUACUGCGACCGCUUACCUCAUCAAUGGAUUCCACGCACCUCAGGGUACCGAGCGUGCAAAGAAGCAAGUUCGGACGUUGGGCAAAUACUUCUCACUUAGCUUCCUUUGGGCAUUCUUCCAGUGGUUCUACACAGCUGGGAAACACUGUGGAUUCGGGUCCUUCCCAACACUUGGCCUUGAAGCUUAUAAAAACAGGUUCUUUUUUGAUUUCUCACCUACUUAUGUUGGUGUUGGAAUGAUCUGCCCAUAUAUCGUAAAUAUGUCUCUUCUUCUUGGAGGCAUCAUCUCGUGGGGAGUAAUGUGGCCAUUGAUCAGCACAAAGAAAGGAAGCUGGUACCCCGAGACUCUACCAGAUAGUAGUCUACAUGGACUGCAAGGUUACAGGGUGUUUAUAACCAUAGCAGUAAUUCUUGGGGAUGGCAUGUACAACAUCUUAAAGGUACUUGCUCGCAUAAUAGAAGCCUUCAUAUCAAGGUACAGGAAUAGAAAUACAAACAUGCUUCCUGUGUCCGACGAUGGCACCCCAGUCACUAACACUGAUGCUGAGUCAUUCGACGAAAAGCGUCGUGCUGAGCUAUUCAUGAAGGAUCAAAUUCCCACUAAAGUUGCAUUUGGAGGCUAUGUUGUCUUGGCAGCUAUAACCAUCGGUUGCCUCCCUCUCAUCAUCCCACAGCUCAAGUGGUACCACAUUUUGGCUGCAUACAUCCUCGCACCAGCACUAGCCUUCUGCAAUGCCUAUGGAUGUGGCCUAACAAAUUGGUCCUUUGCCAGCGCCUACGGUAAGCUUGCAAUCUUUAGUUUCGGUGCGUGGGCAGGUGCUUCGCAUGGUGGUGUGCUUGUGGGAUUAGCUGCAUGCGGUGUGAUGAUGAGCAUUGUGGGAACAGCUGCUGAUCUGAUGCAAGACUUCAAGACCGGGUACCUGACUCUGGCCUCACCAAGGUCCAUGUUCAUCAGCCAGGUGAUAGGCACCGCCAUGGGCUGUGUUAUUGCCCCCUGCAUCUUCUGGCUGUUUUACAAGUCAUUUGAUGUUGGAGCAAGCGAUGGCGCUUACCCAGCACCUUACACCAUUAUGUACCGUAACAUGGCGAUCAUGGGUGUGGAUGGUUUGUCCCUUCCAAAGCACUGCCUCACCUUAUGCUACAUAUUCUUCGCGGUUUCCUUCACCGUCAAUUUGAUGAAGGACCUGGUGCCGAAGAAGGUGGCAAAGUUCAUCCCCAUCCCCAUGGCAGUAGCAAUUCCUUUCUAUGUCGGUGCAUUCUUCACUAUUGAUAUGUUCUUGGGCUGUACAAUACUAUUCAUUUGGGAAUGGAAGAACAAAGCUGAAGCAGACUCGUUGGGACCAGCAGUUGCAUCAGGUUUCAUGUGCGGUGACGGGCUCUGGGCACUACCAGAGGCUGUUCUUUCUCUUGCAAAUGUGAAACCUCCCAUUUGCAUGAAGUUUUUGUCGAGGUCUGUGAAUGCCAAAGUGGACUCCUUCCUUGAGAAUUAGUUAGUGCUAGUUUGCUAGAAUAGAAUUAUCUUUCUUUCAUAGUAGAAGUGGUCAAAUAAUUCUAGUUAUGUAAAUUUAAGAGUGCCGCUGGGCAGCGGUCAUAUUUUGUUCAAGCAAUCAAGCAGACAAGCACAAUUGGAGCAGUUGUCUGAUCUGCUUGGUAGCGCAAUAGUACAAUUGUCUGGUUUCUAUCUCUGGAAUUUCAUUUUCGUGGCACAGAUUGCCUCUUGUUAACCCAGGUCUUUAGGUAUGGUCGAGUCUGAUAGAUAUCAGGCGUGUGACCGAAUGAAUGAAAACAGGAACGGCCAUCAGGUUCAGGUAUGGAAUCGGAGGAUGGA